UGCGCUUUAAGUUGCGCGCUUAUGCGCGUUUAUGAGCGCGAUUUAUAAAUACGCACAGCGAAUCACGAGUGCCGCGUGAGACCGGGCUGGGGACGAUCGCCGGGUGCUUUUUUAAUCGGACUUUUCCCGCACACUCGCAGCCGCGCGGAGCGCUUCGCGGCCCGUUUCCUCAUGUCAGAGGACUCUGUGGAGAGGCAACAUGGCGCACGCAGCUUGGUUCGACCAGACCAGACAGGCCGUGUGGCUGUUUGCUCACAGCAAACCCUCCACAUAGACGGGCCCGCAUCAGGCGGAGGACGUAACGUUCGGGAGCAGACGCGCCGAUAUAAGCAAAUAAAAAAAAAACAGGUCACUCCCGGUGUUUUAUUAUUAGCUGAUAUUGCAGUUAUCGCAUUAAUCGCUAUUAGAAACUUCACUUUGCCGUGCGUGCUUGUGUGCGUGCGUGCCCGCGCAGCGUGCGCGUGUGCGUCGGGUGAGUGUCACGGCCCUCUGCAGACGGGGGGUUGGGUAGCGGUGCCGAUUGGUUGCUGCUCACCAACACAGUCAGUCUGGGCUUGUUUUAACAUAACCGGGGGCACUUCGACAGCAGGCAAAAAAACCAUGUAGUAAAUAAGCCGCUGUGGCUGUUAAUGGCGCGCUUGUGGCACACCGAAGUUCGCGGCUGUACGAUGUCGCAGCGUGAGGGACGUUCGCUGGUUAUUUUGUAUUUAAAGAUGACAGUUUUUAGAGGGCCGCCGCUGAUGAGGCGAUGAAGUGCAGAGAAUGAGCGCUGUGCUUUGGCCUACUACUAGAGCGGCUGCAGCUGGGAUUGUACAGAUCCGCUUUCACGAGCCGAGAGAAACGCUCGCUUUGUGCCACAUUGUCCAACAUUUGCGACGGGCUCCACGGUGACCGAGCUUCCAAAUGGAUAUAGCCAUGACAACAUGAAUCAGUCGUACAGACCAACUGUUAGGGUGGGCUCGUUGUACGGUUCUGGCCAACCAGAGCUCAGGCCCCGCAAUGGCCUCGUGGGCACUUCCUAUGGAAACCAGUGUGGCAUUCUGAAGUGUGGGCCCGAGCAGCAGUCGCCUGUGCAGCUGCCCCCUCCCGCGUUCAAACAGCCAGGUUUGCGGGCGUACGGCCCGCCCGAGCCGCCGCGCUGCUACAGCCCGCUGAAGAGGCUGCAGGACCUCGACCCGGCGCUCGGCCGCCGCGACCCGCAGCGGGACCCUGGCGCCAGGGGCCGCUUGGACUGCGCCAGCCCCAUCAGCGACGAUGACGAGUUCGAGGCGCCGUCGGUCCAGCUGCCCCCGUCCCCGGCAGACGACGACGACGGCGGCGACGCGGACGCUUUCAGGCUGCAGGUCGUGAGGAAUGGGUUCUCCCCCCGCAGCCCCGAAAGCGUGGAGCGCUGCUCCCCCGUCACCAAGCACAACUUGCAUUUCGGGUCCACGCUGUUUGACAGCAGUGAUGUUAGGGAGGAGGAGGAGGCGUACGGGAGGGUGGCCAGCAGCGGUGAGGGGCUGCCGCCCCCCCACCGCUCCCCAAAGCUGAGUCAGGACCGAACUGUUGCGGACAGCAGGUCCACGUGCAUCUCAGGAGCGGACGAGAGGACGUACAAGCCCACCGUCUUUAAUCUGAUGUCAAAGACUAUAUCUGAACUCAACCCUACACUAAGCCCCAGCGCACUGCCAGAGAUCACUAUGAGGGAGCGGUGGAUCUUGAGCGAAGAGUCCGACAGCGGCGGUGAACUUCUGUCCCCUGUUGACCCCGGACUUGUUUCACCAGUUGGCAUCAACUCUAAUUCCAACAGCCCAAAGAAGAAGCCUCCCCCUGCACUGAAGUACUUGAAAGAUGACCUGGUGUGGGCCAAGUUCAACAGAAGGCCCUGGUGGCCCUGUCAAAUCACAUGUGAUCCAAAAGUGGGAAGCCACACUAAAAUGAAAGAACCUAGUCCUCGUCCAUGUCGGAUGUAUUUUCUGGAGACGAUAGGGCAGACGGUGGAGUCCUCCUGGGUCCCGGGCAACGUCAUUCUACCUUUCGAAGGCGGACAUCAGUUUGAAGACCUACCUGUGCUUAGACGGAGAGGAAAGCAGAAGGACAAGGACUACAAGUAUAUGAUACCCAAAAGUCUUCUGACUGCGUGGAAAAUCAGCGUGGCUAAAGCCGAGUACCUGCUCCGUGUUCAACACAGGAAUACUGAACGGGAGCUCCCAGAAUCCAUCAACGGAGAGGAGCGCGUGCCCAGCCCCGUUCCUAACGAGAAGCCGCGGGAGGCGCCCCCGUUCGCCGCUCACCCCGAUCGAACCCCGUCGCCCAACAGGGCCCUCGGGGCACACGAGCGCCACAGCGGCACAGACUCGGCAGCGAAACCCAGCAAGAGCACAGCUUGCCGGAAGAAGAAGAAAUGCUUGUCAGACAUUUUUGGACAUAUAGUUGGCGGAUCAAAGGAACCGCCGAGCGCCAGCGUUGUAGCGGACAAGUCUCAUACAACGACAACAGCAACAAUAACAGCGAGAGACGAGCCAAAGGACUCCCCCUAUGCCGACCUGGACUCGGUUCCGAUCCUGCACCGACCUAGACGCACAGCGGAGUCCCCAGCACGGGACGUGGACCGGUUACUCAAAGAGGAGCGGCGUUCACCAAAAGCUACACCAAAAGGGGCCGAGCCCAGCGGCCCCUCGCGCGUCUUACCCAGCGAAUCGGAAGAGAGUUCAAGCACCCGCGAGAAGCUACCGUGCAGUUCAGCUGAAAAGCACCCGGUGAAUUUCCCCGCCAGCUGUCGCCUGAUGACCCGGGCUUUGAAAGCGGAGGAGGAGACCGACCUCAGCGAUGCGCUGGCCACAGGGCGAACGUCAACGUUUGACGACGCUCCUCACGCGCCCACCGGCGCGGUGGCGUCUGCACAUCACAGCUCUCCGAAAAGGCGCGCGAGGAAACCUGACAAGAAGCACGUUCGCAAUGGCUCCUUGCCUCCGUCUAAGUGCACGGGCUCAAGUGCGCCGGGCGACCGGCCCGUUGAGGUCAAGACAGAAGCCGUUGUGGAAGACGUAGCGCCGUCUUGCUUCUCGUCUCCGUCCCCCGUGGCCGCUUUCCAGGACGUCAAGGAGCUGAUGUUCAAAUCCCUUGCCGAUGAGGACAGCGGCGGCUCCGCGGCUUCGUUUCGGCCCGAUUCCAAUUAUAAAUUCAGCACCUUCCUGAUGCUGCUGAAAGAUAUUCACGACACGAGGGAAAAGGAGGGUAAACCCCUGACGCUGCCGCCGUCGCCGGUGCUCAUUAAGGAGGAGCCGCUGGUCAUCCCCACGUCGUCGGGAGGACACGCGCUCAAUGGUUCAUGCGAUGGCUUCGCUCGAGGCAUCAAGGUGGAGAAAGGACUGUCGGAGAAAUCCCCAACAGCUCCCAACAAAGCUGUGAAGACCAAGAAUAGAAGUAAACCCAUCAUGAGGGCUGACACCUACUAUUGUAAGGACCUUUCAGCUCAGUCCAGGAUCAGCAGCGCAGACAAACAGCGCAGAAAGCAAAGGCUUCCAGCCAAACUUAAACUUGGACGAUCGGGCCUUUCCUCAGGCCUUUCCUCAGGCCUUUCUUCAGGACUUCACUCGGGCCUUUCCUCAGAGCUUUCUGACUUGGCGUACGGCAGGGAGUUUGUAAGCGGCCACGCUGACUUGGCUGGUUCCUCCGUCACUACUGAUCCCACAGUCAGCUACCUCAAUAGGAACCCGGAAUCCACCGUAGCCCCAAAGAAGCGAUGGCAGCUGCACGAGGAGCCCGCUGAGACUAAGGAGGAGGCCGUAAGGGGGCCGUCUGCCGAGAUCAACGGGCUGCACAGCACAGGAGCGUCGGACCAGAUUGAUGUAAAUGUCAAGAAGCAGGCGAGUGACAAGAAUGACCCCCGCAGCUCAGCUGGGCAAACGGGGACCAAACGUCGCCGGAGACCAACCAAGAGGCUCCUGGAGUCGGCCGAGGAGUAUGAACAGAUAUUUAUUUCAAAAACGAAAACAAAGAAGUUCAUCCUUGAGUCUUUAGAAAUGCAGACCUCAGGGAUGACGGCUCUGCCCGAUGUCAGCGCCACCACAGGAACCUUUCUCUCGGCCUCGCCUUCUAUAGAACCCACCGGGGUUCUGGCAGAGCCGAGCCCGAGUCCAACUCAGGAAGAGCUCUCUCCUGUAGCACCCUCAGUAUCUCCCGACACGUCGCAGCCCCCCCUUGAUGCAGAGACACCAGAAGAACCUGAUCUACCUCCUGAAUCGGACGUGGGGAUGACAAUCCAAGAAAGAAAGAGGCCACGGAAGCCUUCACACAGGGUGCUGGAAUGUGCCGUCGAAGAAGUGUCUCCUGCAUCUCCCAAAAAGAAGGAGCCCAAACAACACUGUGGAUUUACCUCGGAGGCGAAGGAGUUAAUCAAAAAAGCUCAGGUUGGAUCUUUGAAUGAAGAGAUGCCUGUGGCCGAGGCGUCCUCUGCCCCGGAUGCUGCCACCCAGGACUCGAAGGGCAUGGACCUCCUCAGUGGCCUGGCUCCAAACGGGCCUCUCAGCCCCAGGGGGUCCAAGACGCCGAAGCAGGAGCCAGAGGUGGAGGCCUGCAGCACUGAGGAGAAGCAAAGCAUACACACUGUAACACUAACUCCCAAACCGGAGGUGCAGCCUGUCGGUCUGAAUGACACCAUGUCUUCCCAAGGGGACGUAAAGGGUAAACUAGGAACCCUGUCCUCUAAGGAGAAUGUUUGUCAGGUGUGUGAGAGGACGGGAGACCUGCUGGUGUGCGACGGCCACUGUUACGGAGCAUUUCACCCUCACUGUAUCGGUCUAUCGGCAGUUCCCAAAGGGAAAUUCCUCUGCCAUGACUGCAAAACUGGUGUGCACAAGUGCUUCGUGUGUAAGCAGCCCGGCGAAGACGUGAAGCGCUGCAUCAUUCCGGUCUGCGGGAAGUUCUACCACAGCGACUGCAUAUCGACCUUCUCGGCCACGCAGUCGACUAACAAAGGCUUCCGCUGCCCUCUACACGUCUGUCUGUCCUGCCACGUUAGCAACCCCCUCAACGUCUGCAGCGCUAAGGGCCGCCUGACUCGAUGCGUGCGCUGCCCUGUGGCCUAUCACCCCAACGACAACUGCAUGGCAGCGGGCAGCGUGGUGCUGGCAAACAACAGCUUCCUGUGUCCGAACCACUUCACUCCACGCAAAGGCUGCAAGAACCAUGAACACAUUAACGUCAGCUGGUGCUUUGUCUGCUCUGAAGGGGGCAGUCUGCUGUGCUGUGAAGCCUGUCCGGCUGCGUUCCACCAGGAAUGUUUGAAUAUGGAGAUGCCACAGGGCAGCUGGUACUGCAACGACUGCAGAGCAGGGAAGAGGCCGCGAAUUAAGGACAUACUGUGGGUCAAAUACGCGCGUUACAGGUGGUGGCCGGCUGAAGUCUGUCUGGCCAGAGAUGUCCCCGAUAACAUCCUGAGGAUGAAACACGAGGUGGGGGAGUUCCCGGUGCAGUUCUUUGGCUCCAAAGAUUUUGUGUGGACGUACCAGGCCAGGGUCUUCCCCUACAUGGAGGGCGACACUCACAAUAUAGAGAAAAUGGGGAAGGGUGCAGAUGCAGUGUACAAAAAAGCUUUGACUGAAGCAGCAGAGCGGUUCAAGGAGCUCCAGGCGGAAAGGGAAAUGAAACAACUUCAGGAGGACAGAAAGAAUGACAAGAAACCGCCUCCAUAUAAGCAUAUUAAGGUGAACCGGCCAGUGGGGAAAGUGCAAAUCAUCACGGCCGACCUGUCGGAGAUCCCGCGCUGCAACUGUAAGAUAACGGACGAGAACCCCUGCGGCGUGGACUCGGAGUGCAUUAACCGCAUGCUGAUGUACGAGUGCCACCCUCAGGUGUGCGCGGCAGGGGAGCAGUGCCAGAACCAGGCGUUCACAAAGCGCCAGUACACGGACGUGGACAUCUUCAGGACGCUGGGGCGCGGCUGGGGCUUACGCGCCAUGCUCAACAUCAAGAAGGGAGCUUUUAUAAGUGAAUAUGUUGGAGAGGUAAUAGAUGAAGAAGAGUGUCGAGCCAGGAUCAGACAUGCCCAGGAAAAUGACAUCUGUAACUUCUACAUGCUUACACUGGACAAGGACCGGAUCAUUGAUGCUGGGCCCAAGGGCAACCAGGCUCGAUUUAUGAACCACUGUUGCCAGCCAAACUGUGAGACUCAGAAAUGGACUGUGAACGGGGACACCAGGGUGGGGCUGUUUGCUCUGCAGGACAUCCCACAGGGAGUGGAGCUGACGUUCAACUAUAACCUGGAGUGUCUUGGCAAUGGGAAAACGGCCUGUAAAUGUGGGGCGCCCAACUGCAGUGGUUUCCUAGGAGUCCGGCCAAAGAAUCAGCCACCAGCUGAGAAACUGAAACAGAAGGAUGGGAAAAGGAGGGUCGCUGUGAAAAAGAAGGCCAGGCAGGAGGUGACCAAGGAGAGGGAAGACGAGUGCUUCAGCUGCGGCGACGGGGGGCAGAUAGUGUCCUGUAAGAAGCCAGGCUGCCCCAAGGUUUAUCAUGCGGACUGUCUCAACCUGGCCAAGAGACCAGCAGGGCGGUGGGAGUGUCCGUGGCACCAGUGUGACAUCUGCGGCAAAGAGGCUGCUUCGUUUUGCGAGAUGUGCCCCAGCUCUUACUGUAAGGAGCAUCGCGACGGCAUGCUCUUCAUCUCCAAGCUGGACGGCAAGCUGUCGUGCAGCGAGCACGACCCCUGUGGACCCGACCCGCUGGAGCCAGGGGAGAUUCGGGAAUACGUGCCCAACAUGACCUCCAUGAGGCCCGGGGCCACUGCUGUGCCUGUCUCUCCCUCCGUGGCCCUGAACUCUAACACAGCCAGUUGCUCUCCUACUCCUAUCUCUUCCUCUGCAAACCAGGCUGCAUCUGCCCAGCGGGAGCCGCCUCCACGUCUCUACAUCAACACGAAGACUGCCACGUCGAGCUUCGUCCCAUCCAGCAGAUCUUACCUCGCAGACAAAACUGAUGGUAAUUUGUUUUCCACUCCUACCUCCACAAAAGAAGAGCGGGAGCAUGGCGAGCUGGAGGACGGGGAGGUGUGUGGCAUAGACAUGGGAGAGGUGGAAGACGAUGAAGAUGAGGAUGAUUUUGAUGAUGAUGAUGAGGAGGAGGAGGAGGAGGAAGGAGAGGAGGAGGAGGAGGAGGAAGAAGAAGAUGAGGCAGAGAUGGAAAUAGUAGAGGAUGGUGAGGACGCGCCGCUGUAUGGAGGUCCCCUGCCAGAGGAAGGCGAAGAGGAGGAUGGAGGAGCUGUUUAUGACACUUGGUGUGAUUACAAUGAAAGUGGUGGGGGUGAUGAUGAUGACGAUGGGGAGGAGCUCUGGGAGUGGGGGAGAGUAGAAGACGAUGACAAAUGAGUCAGUUCAUUGAUUCCUUCAUAACUUCUCAGCAAAAAAACAAAACAUGUUUAAAAGACAAGAAGAGUUUUGAUAUUUUGGUACCUACUUGAAUGCAACACUGCCUUCUCUUUGGUACUGGCCUUCUUCAUCCUCAGACUGCUGGUCUGACAGUGGGGAUGUGUUCUGGUGCUAAGGCUCGAGGACUGGUUUAGUCCAUCUCUUUAUACUUCUGUUCAUAUGGUCAUUGUCUGGUGCUGUUGUGUUUUUCUUCUGUUCUAUCACUCGACAUUGUUUACAUAUUUUUGGCCUUUUUUAAAGAAACUUCAUUGAAAAGUGGAAGAAAGGUUGAGAAACUCCACUUGUUCAAACUGUCGCAACGAGGACACUUUGUGUUGUUGUUACUGUCUUAACCAUGUCUUUGUGAUCAAAAUAUAAAGUUCUCAUUGGUUCAUGUUACAAUUAGACACAAACAAGAACUGUGUGGUGCUUCUGAGGAAUGCAAAAAUAAACCCAGUGGACUCAUCA